AAAAAAACCUACAACUCCCAAAUUCACGUCGUUCUCCGCUGCCGCCUCUGGUCACUCACUCACCAUCAGGAGAUCUCAGGUUUUCACUUUGGUGAACUUUCUCUAAUGGAAGACAAUCAUUCCGCUUCAAAUGCAACCAAACCUUCAGGUAGUAAAAGAAGUUUCGAAGAUGAUGAAAACAGUAUCUCCAACUCAAAGAAGUGCUGCAUUUGCACGAAAGGGGAUGAAGAAGGUGUUGCAGCAGCUGCAAUGAUUGUGUCACUCAAAGAGAGUCUUCAGAACUGUGAAGAUAAGCUUGCUUCAUGCCAAAGUGAGCUUGAAUCAGCAAAAACAGAGAUUGAUAAGUGGAACUCAGCUUUCAAGAAAGAGUCCUUUGUACCUGCUAGGAAAUCUCCUGAACCUGGAUUUGUGAUUGACUACAUCCAAACUCUAAGAUCUUCCGAGAAGUCUCUGAAAGAAGAGUUGGAAAUUGCACAAAUGAAGUUAGCUAUCCGUGAUCUCAAAUCUCAACUCAAGCCAGAGUCAAUGAAGACAGAUGAGGAUCCAGAGCAGCAAGGAUCGACUCACGCUGGUCCCUCACGUAUCGCAUAUCUCGAGAAUGAGUUGCGGGCAGCAAAUAUGGAGAUCGCACAGUUGAGAGAGGUUCAGGGGGUGAGGGUGGAUGCACUGGAGGAAGCGCAGGCCACGCAAGCCAAGGAGUUCGAGUUACUUAAGAACAUGCUGGCAGUGGCACUACAAAAAUCCCAAAGCUUGGUUCUUACGGCCGCACUUGAGAAUGUUGAUGUGCACAAGUAAUCGAGAUAUUCUCGCAUUUUAGUUUUAGUUUGAACUAAAUGUUAUCGAAGAAAACAUAAUAAUUAUCUGUAACCACGGAUUAACUGAAAACAGUUUAAUGUUAUGCUACCAAAUCAUGGACACGAAAUCGAACUUAAACGAACAACUCCC